GACCUUCAUGGUCAGCUACAGUACAGUCGAAUAUAAUUUUGAGGACAUGUUGGUGUGGAACUCCAUUCUUCUCGCCUCACUAGUGGCCGUGUGCUCUACUGCAGAGCCUUCUCAUGGAGACACUUCUAAUACCAAUGCGACAAUGCUGUGUAGCUUGCCAUCCACAAGAAGAACAAUUGAACCAAGUCUUGAUAUCACCUGUGGAUCUAAUGAAGAGAGAUCGUUUGACUCUAGUGUUCAUGUUGCUAGAGUGGAUCUGGAACGGGUGCAGGUUUUACUGAUUGUCACACUCUUCAUCAUGAUAGUUGUUAUAGCAAAGUUAGUGUGGCAUCACAGGUGGAUGCACCCAGUGGCCUCCAACAUACCUGAGUCAUGUAUGCUGAUUAUCGUGGGAGCACACAUUGGCGGAAUACUAAUAGGCUCGUUUUAUCUAGACCCCUGCAAUAGAGACCAAGAUCCUCCACUGAGAUUCACUCCCGAGAUAUUUUUCCUCUACCUAUUGCCACCGAUUGUGUUGGAGUCUGGCUACUUUCUGGAUAUCAGAGCUUUCUUUGAGAACUUCACUACAAUUAUUGUCUUUGCAGUCAUUGGCACACUAUGGAACACAGUAGCCAUAGGAAUGACGCUGUUUGGUUUAUAUGAGGCCAACCUCCUGCUGACGGAGCCCAGUUUACAAAACUCCAUUUUUAAUAUUCCUGUAGCACUGCUGUUUGGCACCAUAUGCUCUGCUGUGGACCCUGUCGCUGUAUUGGCUGUGUUUGAUGAUAUCCAUGUAAACAAGCUGCUUCAUAUCCUGGUGUUUGGCGAGUCUUUACUCAAUGAUGCUGUCACUAUCGUGCUUUUCAAUGUACUAAGAGCAUUUUCAAAUCGGCCCUUUGACACAUCUCUUAGUGAUGAUCAGAGAAUCAUCCCUUUCACAGAUGUGGUGAUUGGUGUGGUGCAGUUCUUUGUGGUUGUACUGGCCAGCUUCGUGAUUGGAGUAUUGAUGGGAAUGAUUGCAGCAUUCAUCACACGCUUCUCAGAGCAUGUUCAUGUGCUGGAACCCAUUAUUGUGUUCACAAUGGGCUACCUUUCCUACAUACUGGCUGACAUGUUCGAAUUUUCAGGAAUUGUCAGUUUGAUCUUCUGCGCAAUCACGAUGAAGCACUACGUUGAAGCCAACGUUUCCCGCAAGUCAUCUACCACCAUCAAGUACUCCAUGAAGGUCGUCAGCAAUGUGAGUGAGAUGAUCAUCUUCUUGUUUCUGGGUCUGUCGUUGUAUGAGAGUGACCAGCAGAACUGGGACUGGGGGCUGUCUCUAUUUUCACUAUUGUUUGCACUGCUCUACAGACCCAUUGGUGUGAUUGCUCUUACUCUGAUCGUCAAUAUCUUCAGAUUCAAGAAAAUUGGAUUUAAGUCGGUGUUUGUAAUGAGUUACAGUGGUCUCCGAGGGGCAGUGGCAUUUUCAUUGGCCUUGGCUCGUCUCCAUGGUGAGCCGUCUUUGGAGCAUCCUACCACGUGCAUGAUCCAGUCAGAGGCCCAGCUCCGGAAAACCAUGCUCACUGCCACCACCUUCCUCGUACUCUUCACUGUGUUUGUUCAGGGCAUCACCAUCAAGCCCUUGGUUAAACUGAUCAAAGUGAAGAAAGACAGGGAGCAGAAACCCACCAUGAACGAGGUCAUUCAUGGCACGACCAUUGAUCAUGUGAUGUCGGGGUUGGAGGACAUCAUAGGCCAUCUUGGACAGAAUCGCCUUAGGGAGAAAUUACAAGAGAUCGACUCUAAGUAUCUGAGAAAGUUCUUUGAGCGUUACCCUGAGUCUAGGGAUGAGCAAAUUCUGCACAUCUGGAGACGAUUGCAAUACCAGGAAUCUCAGAGAGCUGUUGAACAGUGUCUAGAGUUUAAGUACCACAGGGAUGCUGAAGGAAAGUUUGGCAGUCAUAUUUCUCUGCACAGUGCUAAUGAGCACUUGACACCUGCGGGAACCCCUACUCCUCGAAUUUAUUCAGAAGCAUUGUCCGAAGAAGAUUGCAUUCCUUCCUUGAACGACAUUCUUGCUGCUAGCUUUGCCAAUCCCCACGCAGAUCAUUUCGGCCACGUUCUGUCUACUACAGACAGGGAGCAUGAAGAUCACCACUUUGAGCCUGUCAAUGUUCGUCGUGAUAUCAUUCAAUCAAAGCAUAGGGCUCGCAAAAACAAGUAUCGCCGGCGACGACGGCUGAGUAAUCUGAUGAAAGCAUCUAGCGAAAAAACAGUUUCUGAUAUUGACCAAGAACCUGUGGACAAUCCGAAUGAUAUAGCACUAGAAGGAGCAGGGCAUCAAGAAUAUCAUUUUCUUGAACAAAGUGAAGAAGCUGAAACCCAAAUUUGUCCAUCUGUCGAAACACAAGUGUGAUUGACUAGUAUCAACUCAUGAGUACUAUUUUAGCUCUACUACGUUUUAGUUUUGUCCAAAAAAACUCGCAUAUAUAAUUACGGCUGUAUAGA